AAGUUUAAAAUAUUAAUUUUAGAUAUGAAAUCAAAUUUCAAGCAGUAAAAUGCAAAGAAAAGAGCAGAGGUGUUGGGUGGUGAGAGCAUGGAGGCCACAUCUCACUUAAAAACAAACAUAAUGACUUGAUGUUGUGGCUUCACCAUAGCAUGACACCAAACAAUGUAUGCAUGCAUGCUCAACACCUGUCCCUCUUAGCUCCUCUCUGCUUCCUCUACUUAAACAAUCCUAUCACACUUCAUAUUCAUCAUCACUUCUCUUCUUAUCCACAAUCCGCAAAACACACACAUUGAAAGAGAGAAAGAAGAAUUAUGGGGAAGGGUUUAACUUUUUUGUUGGUUCUGGUACUUGUGAUUUCAGUUAAAGGGUAUGAAGAAGAAGAAGAAAGUGGAAGUGAGGGGAGUGGGAGAAAACUGUUUAUAUUGCAUGAUUCAGUGGAGGUGGUGAAAUCAGAAGCAGGAGGAAUGAAAGUAGUCAAGGGCAUCACAGGGAAGUUUGUGGACAAGCCCAUGCAUAUUGGCUUUAUUUACAUGGAGCCCAAGAGUCUUUUCAUCCCUCAGUAUCUUGAUUCCAACUUGAUCCUCUUCAUCCGUAGAGGGGAAGCAAAGGUCGGAUCGAUUCGCAAUGAUAAGCUUGUGGAGCAGGACUUGAAGACCGGAGAUAUAUACACGAUUGAUGCUGGCUCCGUAUUUUACAUUGAGAAUACAGGGGAAGGACAGAGACUUCAAAUCAUCUGCAGCAUUGACACAUCUGAGAGCCUCACCUGGCAUGCCUUCCAGUCUUUCUUUAUUGGAGGAGGAAGGAAUCCAUCUUCCAUACUAGCUGGAUUUGAUAAGGAGACACUGUCAACUGCAUUUAAUGUAUCAGUGUCAGAGUUGGAGGAGUUUCUGAGCCCAGAACCUUCGGGCGCAAUUGUAUACAUAUCACCAGAGUCAAAAUCUCCUAAUUUGUGGACACAUUUCAUCAAUCUAGAACAUCAUCAGAAGAAAGCACACCUCAAGAAAUUUGUGCUAUUUGAGGGAGACGUUGACGUAACAGAGAGUAAAGAAGAAAGACCAAGUUGGUCACUUGGAAAGCUCGUCAAAUCCUUGUUUAUAAAUGAAAACAAGGAAAACAAAGACAAGGUAAGGGAUUCAGGAGAUGAUGUUUACAAUCUUUACGACAGAAAUCCAGACUUCCAGAACAGUUAUGGAUGGAGCUUGGCUGUUGAUGACAGCCAGUAUAAGCCUCUUAAUCACUCUGGCAUUGGUGUCUAUCUAGUCAAUCUCACCGCGGGAUCAAUGAUGGCGCCACAUAUAAAUCCAACAGCGUCAGAGUACGGCAUUGUGUUGAGAGGAAGCGGCUCUAUCCAGAUUGUAUUUCCAAAUGGUACUUUAGCUAUGAAUACCAAAGUGAAUGAAGGAGAUGUGUUCUGGAUACCGAGGUACUUCCAUUCUGUCAAAUUUCAUCAAGAACAGGCCCCUUAGUUUUUCGGGUUUACGACAUCAUCCCAGAGGAACCAUCCCCAGUUCCUAGUGGGACGAGGCUCCCUGUUUCAGACCAUGUUUGGACGUGAACUGGUAGUUUCUUUUGGCUCGACUGAAAAGAAGUUUGAAAAGUUCAUCUAUGCACAGAAUGAAUCCACAAUCCUGUCCACGGCAUCUGUGGCACCGCCUGAUGAUGUAAACAGAGUGAUUCUGAAGAAAGGAAAAAGAGAAAAGAUGAUACCAAAGUUAGCCAAGAAGUUGAGUAAUGAUAUGAUGAUGGGUUUUGAGUAGAGGUGUAAAAGUGUUUCAGAUUCCGUUCUGUCAUGUUUAUGUGGUUAAUCUUAUGUUUUAUGUGAUUUGUACUUAGUUUCUUGUUUCCUUAAAUAAGUUGGCUUCAGAGUUGCAACUUACCUAGGUGUUGUCUGUAGAACAAACUGGCAAGGUGUUGUGUGAAGGAUGAAUAUUUGAACUAAUAAAAAUGAGAGACUUUACUUGAUCAGCUA